AUGAAACCCGCCCUUAUGAACUUCUUCGUCUUAAUGUCCUUACCUUUGUCUAUCUACUCUAUGCCUACCACAGAGGAGACAGAGGCCAUUAACGAGACCCAGGCUCUUAACAUUGAGGAUGCUGUCAAGCUGCCGGACUCUCUGGCUCUGUACCACCUUGAGGACUUUGAGUCUGAAGACUCUGCCCUCGAGAAGCGCAGGCACGUUACAGUUUGCGAAAGAAUCAUUACCAUCACCUCUCACUGCGUUAUCAUCGGGGGUGCUAUCAAGGGAUCAGGCGCUGCUAUCAAGCACGCAUCAAACCAGAAGACCUGUACUACUUUUACUGGACAUGCUGGCCCCAACGGCAACCUUUUCUACCGCUAUCGUUCUACCGGCAGACACUGUGACACGACUGCUGAGCAGGAAACUAUUGCAGGUGCCAUCGAACACCACAUCAACAACCAUGGGCACAAGCUCUGCGGUACUGAGUGUUUGGAACUAACUCAUGGCGGAACUUGGCACGGAUAUCUCCUCAUUGGACCGGCGAGUGACUUUGACCAUAAGGCUUAUUGUGGACCGAAAGUCAGCUUCAAGCAUUGCGACUCGGGAGGCAAGGGUGACAUGAAUUAG